AAAACGCCUUAGAAGCGGCUUCCUGGCCAUGCGGCACGUGAGGGGUUAAAUUCUGCAGCUUUUUCCCCGUUUGCACUGUGUGCUUGAUUUCAAGGGCGACUUGGAUGAAUGUGAUUUCGGGUUGAAAUGAGUUUGGGUUGUUAGUUAGGUGGGCUUUUUGAUUAUUUUUUGAGUGUUUUUGCUUGGAGAGAGGCGGUGCAGAUUAGCCGCUGCUGAGAGGCGCUUAAUAACGCAGAGCAAAACCGCCCCGUCAGCACCAAAUCACACCAGUGUGGAGUGCGGCGGUAUACAGCGCCAUUCCUCUCAGUGCAUAGCUUACUUAAUAACCCGAUUACCGCCUAUAAACUAUAAACAUAUCCGCUUUAAAUAGCAUCAGCGCCUGCAUCAGAGCUAAUUGCGGGAAAUGUUGACAAGACCGGCGUGAUGUUAAUCCUGGCAAGGAGUGAAAAAACUAUAAAAAGGAAACGAGUGUGACUCCCAGUGCAGCUGAUGCUGCUACCACAGGCAGUUCUUGAUCAGACUGUGGUCAGGUUGUCCUUUGCUAUCUGUCACCUUGUAUAGCCUUAUUCCGGGAAAAUAACAAAUCCAACAUGGAGAGCCUGAGAGUCGUGGGCUUCAGCAUGCUGCUGUGUGUGGCUUUCUCUGAGACUCUGAAUGUGAAAGAUGAGGUGGUGUUCUCGGGCGAGGAUUAUCAUAUCUUGCUGCCAGCGGGCAGUGCUCAGGUGAUCUUCAAGCCCAGGAUUGGUCCAGCAGGCCGAGGGCUGGAGAUGAUGAAGGAAGGGAAUGUGGUAAGCCCACGGGUCAAAGUGAACCAGGCUCUGAGUCACCUCAUUCUGGAGAAUGUUGGAGAAAGCGAUGAGGGACUGUACAUCAUCAAAUCUGAGAAAAACCCCGAGGACAUCAAGCAGCUCAAUCUCAUCGUCAGAGAUUGCACAAUGGAGAUGAAUGUGUUAUAUGGAGGCGACUUCCAGGUUUCGCUGCUUGGUGUCUCUACCCCUGUAGGCGUGGACUUUCGUCCCAGUGCCGUGGAGGCCAAUCAAACGUCUCAUCCCCCAAUAGAGCUACUGACACCUGAUGGAAGUUUACGUGAGGGUUAUGAGGACCGCCUCAGCAGUACUGAGCAGCGCCUCGUCCUGAAAGCUGUGACUGGGACUGAUGAAGGCAGCUACACCAUCACUGAAGCCAAUGGGAAAGUGAGCAAGAAGAUCUGCCUUAAUGUGAAAGAGUAUCAAAAGUUUGUCACAGUGCCAUAUGGAGGCACGUUUAAGCUGAAUCUACACUUGAACAGUUCCUCUGCACGUCUGAUCUACUCACCCGACUCCAGCGGAUCUAACAACCUCAACUGGGUGAUUAUGGAGAGGGGUGAGCUGAGCCUGCCUCCUGAGCGCAACCUGGAAGGCCGAUUCUCCAUGGAGGACUCGGUGUGUAUCCUGGAGCAGGUGACGGCCAGUGACGCAGGACUGUAUCAGGUCACUGAUCUACAGGGCUUCCUCGUGUCCAAAUUCUACUUGGGGGUGGAACCGUACAGGCUGCCUAAUGUCUUUGUGGCAGUGAUUUCUCUGGUGGCUUUGCUGGUAGUACUGCUGCUGGUGUGUUUGGUGUCAUGUUUGGUUAAGGUGCGCAAAAGGGCAGCAAAAGCCCGAGCCAUCGAGAAGAUUGCAAAAAAUGCUGGCAAAGAGGAAGGAGAUGCCUUUAGACAGGUAGUGAAGGAAGCUUGCUCCCGUUACAAUGACGAGGCUCCUGCUCUCUCACAAAAAGAAGAUAUUACAGAGAAAUCCCAGAGCACUGAAAUCAGCAUUAAGGGUCUAGAAGUGUCUGCUAAGGACACAAGUAUCCAUGAAAAGAACUUGGAGACCAGUGACUCAGGAGUAGGCUUCACCACUGCUGGCCUUCCACUGGACAGUGAUACUGAGGCACCGACAGUACCCAUUACAGAAGCUGAUUUCCUGAGCUCCUCUGUUGCUUCUGAUGCCAAACCUACUGCCAAACAAGAGUCCAAACUCACUGUGUCUUCAUCUCCCAGACUAGCAACAACCCCUGAGGCGAAGCCAGCAUCUGAGACACCAGUGUCAGCAGCUCUGAAACCAGCACCAUCUCCUGAACCCAAACUCUCUGUAACACCAACACAAGAAACAAAAAUGACCAUCUCACCCACUCCUGAGUCAAAACCGAGCUUGAGUCUGUCUCCAGACCCUAAGCCUGCAGUGACACCUGAGUUGAAACCAGCGGUUAGCCCUACUCCUAAAUCCACACCAACCCUAGAAGUCAAACCAACGUCCACUUCUGAAGUCAAACCACCCCCAAGUCCUGAACCUCCAAAAGUGGUGACACCAACGCCUGACUCAAAACUAGCCGCCACUCCAACUAAAAUGGCAGUCUCUCCAGCUUCUGAUUUCACCUCAACCAAACCUGAUGCCACACCAUCUGCUGUGAGUCCAUCACCAGCAGAUACUAUGGCAACUACUGACACCAAGCCUGCCCUCUCUCCAACUCCAGAACCCAAACCAGCUCUCUCACCAACUCCUGAUGCAAAACCAACCACCAAUGGUACCCUUGAGUCCACACCAGAUAUAGGAUCUUCUGAGUCAAAUGCAAUCCCUGCAAAAACCCCAGAGACUGAUAAAAGCUCCGUAAAAGUUCCUGAGGUCAUCUCAACUGGGGGUCCAACUCCAGAGGCCAAGCAAGACUCGGCCUCCCCCAGCGAUGGUGCUCCUCCAUCAGGAGUGGAGGAAACUUCCACCACCUGAGGUCCAAACCACUGCCUGAUUACUGCUCCCUCCACAUGUCUUUUAACACCGCUGACAAUCGAGAUCUAACAACAAGCAAAAACUCAACAACUUAUUAUGGAGGGCAACUUUAGUCUACUAAAUCUCACUCUUAAUGCAUAACUAACACACACUGUAGAUUUCCCUGAUUAAUUCCUAUUUAAUCACUUUGUAACACAGCUUCAUAAACACAGAGAUGUACCACUACAGGUACCAUUACAGGUAUUCCAUUGACUGUUUAUCUAAUGCCGGCCGAGAAAGGCUGCCUCUUACAUGCAAACAAGAUGUACAGAUGCAACAUCCUUAUGAUACCUAAAUAUGAUUCCACUGCAUGCAAAAAGUCAAGAGAAUGAACUAACUUCAAUUAAUCUUUGAUGUAUUUGGAGAUUGUGGUAGUGAACUGGGUGACGGUGACCAUAGACCCAAAAGAACACUCUUCUUCUCGUUCAUACCCAAGAGACAUUGGCUCCAUAUGUUUCUUUUUAAGCAUUAAAGAAUAACGUCCACAUCAAUUGAAAUAUCAACAUUAAAAAUCAGAAAAUACUAUUGAAGGUUAAAAAGUAUACUGAUCUAAAAAUGUUUACUGAGCUGAAAAAAAGUUUACUGGGACUUGGGAUCUGAUGCGGAACACCUAGAAAUGCUUGACAAUAACCAAAACCCGCAACAUUACCUGGACCUUUUUGAUGGAACUAUUUUUGGAGUAAUUCCACUGAAACCAAAAAAAAUUUCCAGGCCACAUUACAAAUGCUAGACACCAUUUUACUGGAUCCUUCCUCCCAGUGUAAACACAUGAGCAGAGCUUUCCAGCACAGGACUGACUUAAAAAGGUAAUUGAACAAAACAGACUCUAAUGUCAUAACAUUCCUUCCCUUCAAGUUAUUUCUAGUGUUAAAUACUUUCAGUAAUAUAGGCAAAAAAAAAUAUUUAGAUUUAGAUCUAACUGGCAUGAGUCUGUUGCAGUAUUUGUUUAUGGCUGCCUAUUCUUACUAGUUCUGAAUUGUGUAUUGUUUUAUGAGGAACAGUAGAACGCUCUUGAAUGGUCCCAGAUACUUGUACUUGGUACUGGUCUUAAUCUUGGACUUACUGGAAUACAGGGAGCUGAUCAUAAAUCGGUGCUUUUACUCCAGGAAUCUUAGGGAUGAUUGAUUGAUUGAUUGAUUGAUUUUCGAAAAUCAAGUUUUACCAUCAGCUGUCAGAAUCAGUUUACAGAGAUUUUGGGUGCCUCUUGUGGAAUUGGAACACCACUGCCCUUUUGCAAUAGUGUAGGAAAGGAAGCAGUUCUUUGUGACUUGUUUGAGUGGGAUUUUCUUUGAUUCAGAUUGUAGCUCGUUUACAUGACGUCGGGGUGUAACUACUGAAGGUCAGAUUUUAGUACUGGGUAGAUUUUGCUGAUGCAGAUGAUUUCACUAAUGCCUUUACCUCGUGUUGUAAAUCAUCUUAGAGACACUAAGAAGGCUAACUUUACUGUAGUGCACUGAUGGAAAAAAGGUCUAGACUGAGUUUCUGAUUAAAGCACAAAAUUUGAUCUUGAUCUGAGGCUUUACUACAUUUUUGAAGCCACAAAUCUUAGGCUUUGCCAACACCCUCCUCCCUCACCAUUAUCUGAGAAUGGCCUUGUUCUUUCUAAGCAUUUUACACUUGUAUCAGUAUUACGAAUUGAAAUUUUAAAGCCAUAUGGUCUUAUAGUGUAAUAUAAAAUGACACAUAAUGUAAGUGUGUUUGUAAGUUACUUGUAUUACCCACUCGUGAUAAUUAGACACCUUGAGUUUAAAAGUUCUAUAUGACUUUUUGGCUUUUUAUCACUGAAUAUACUGUAUGAGAAGUUUUACACCAAAAUGUUGCCUCAAUAUCUUAAAAUCACAAAAUUAUCAGAUAGAAUCUUAUAUUUAUAAGGUCUCAAAUGGUUCGCAAAUGGCUCUGUAAUAAGAUUUCUGAUAUAGAAUUAGUAGCUGUAGUUGCAGAGGGAAUGUUAGCUACCAAUAUUACCAAUAUUAGCUAAUAAAUCAUGCAGUCACUCUUGCUUUCACAGUCGCUCUCUCUAACCUAAGUGCUAUAGGCAAUGAGCCACUUUACUCCCCAAACAGCUGGUCUGUCAUUUCAAGAUCUAUUUAAGCAAUACCAAGUGCAAAGACUAUGCACAUUCACGCACAUCAGUCAUUAAGGCAGGAGCUCCUAAAACGGGUUCUGCAAGGCAAUGACAAAGGAUAUGCACCAUUUUUUGUGAUGUCUUCACAAAAAUGUACAAUUAUUAAUAUGAAUUGGUGAGUUGCACAUCUAAUAUAUAAGCAUGCUAUUAUAAUAUCCAUAGUCCCUUUGUAAUGAUUUAUUUAGAUCCAGCAAAUCUAAUCAGAUCCAGAAUGCCUCAUUCAAGUAUAGUGGCCAUGCAUUUCACUGCGUUCUGUAUAAUUCAUCAGGCAAUCAAAAACGCACUAUAAAAAAAGAAAAAAGAAAAAAAAAAAAAAAAAGUUGAAGUAAUAAACAGUACAUACAGUGGAUAUAAAAAGUCUACACACCCCUGAUAAAAUGGCAGAUUUUUGAGAUGUAACAAAAUGAAAUUAAGUCAGAACCUUUUUCACCUUUAGAUGUUGCAAUUCCACAAUAAAAGUAUCAGACACCCAGAAAUGUUUUAGAGAAAAAAACAAAAAACUUCCAAAACCCAGCUUGCAUAAGUGUGCAAGUGUCCUUUUAUAAUUGGGAAUGUGCCAGUGUUCAGAAUCAACCAAUCACAAUCAAACUCAUGUUAAAUACUAUUUAGUUUACACCUGCCAUCUAUCAAAGUGACUGAUUAACCCCAAAUAAAGUACAGCUGUUAAUAUAGGAUUUUGCUGACAUCUUCUUGGUAACAUCCAACUGGAAAAGCCAUGGGCCGCAAAGAGCUUACAAAGCAGGUGCGGGAUCUCAGUGUUGAAAAAUAUCAAUCAGGAGAGGGUUACAAAAAAGUUUCCAAGGCAUUGGAUAUUCCAUGGAACACUGUAAAGACAAUAAUCAAGAAGUGGAGAAAAUAUGGCACGAGAGUGACAUUACUGAAAACAGGACGUCCCUCUAAUAUUGAUGAGAAGACAAAGAGAAAACUGGUCAGGGAGGCUUCCAAGAGGCCUACAGCAACAUUAAAAGAAUUG